GCUCGAGCAGCAGCAGAAACAGCUCUGCGAGAGGAGAGAGGAGAGAGGAGAGAGAGAGGAGAGGAGGAAGGGGCAGAGAGAGAGAGAGAGAGAGAGAGGCACUCAGGGCUGGACAGCAGGGUCAGGUGGCAGCUUUAUUCAUCGACCCGCGGUGGAAAUUUCACCUCGUUCCAAUCGCCUCAGGCGCUGUAAUCAGCCCCAACUACAUGCCUGUCAGGUUUUCACAGUGAUAGAUUAACCCCCACCCCCUUGAACAGAAAUGGAGAACGCGCACACUAAAUCUUCAUCUGAAGUUUUAAGACACUUCAACGUGAACGAAAACACUGGACUGACGCUCGAGCAAGUGAAGGCUAGUUUGGAGAAAUAUGGACCCAACGAGCUGCCGGCAGAGGAAGGAAAGUCUCUGUGGGAGUUGGUGGUGGAGCAGUUUGAGGAUCUGUUGGUCAGAAUCCUGCUGCUAGCUGCCUGUGUUUCAUUUGUGCUGGCGCUGUUUGAGGAAGGGGAGGAGUCCACCACGGCCUUUGUGGAGCCUAUAGUCAUCCUGCUCAUUCUGAUUGCCAAUGCAGUCAUUGGAGUUUGGCAGGAACGCAAUGCGGAGAACGCUAUUGAGGCUCUGAAAGAAUAUGAGCCGGAGAUGGGAAAAGUUUACCGCAUGAACCGGAAAGCAGUGCAGAGGAUCAAAGCAAGGGACAUUGUGCCCGGAGACAUUGUGGAAGUGGCCAUUGGCGACAAGGUUCCUGCUGACAUUCGAAUCGUCUCCAUUAAAUCCACCACUCUGCGUGUGGACCAGUCCAUCCUCACAGGCGAGUCUGUAUCGGUUAUCAAACACACAGAUCCUGUGCCGGACCCUCGGGCUGUUAAUCAAGAUAAGAAGAACAUGCUGUUUUCUGGCACCAACAUAGCCGCAGGUCGUGCCAUCGGUGUGGUGGUCUGCACUGGCGUUUCCACAGAGAUUGGCAAAAUCCGUAACCAGAUGGCCUCCACGGAGCAGGAGAAGACGCCGUUACAGCAGAAGCUGGAUGAGUUCGGCCAGCAGCUCUCCAAAGUCAUCUCCCUCAUCUGCGUGGCCGUCUGGGUCAUCAACAUUGGCCAUUUUGGCGACCCCGUCCACGGUGGCUCUUGGGUCCGCGGAGCCAUCUACUACUUCAAGAUCGCUGUGGCAUUAGCAGUGGCUGCCAUCCCUGAGGGGCUUCCUGCUGUGAUCACGACCUGUCUGGCCCUGGGCACUCGCCGCAUGGCUAAGAAGAAUGCCAUUGUCCGCUCACUGCCCUCCGUGGAGACGCUGGGCUGCACCUCUGUCAUCUGCUCCGACAAGACAGGCACUCUGACCACCAACCAGAUGUCUGUGUGUAGGAUGUUUGUGGUGGAUAAGGCAGACAGCUCCAGCUGUUCCCUCCAUGAGUUCAACAUCACCGGCUCAACCUAUGCUCCAGAAGGACAAGUGCUGAAAGGCAUUAAACCUGUACAGUGUGGAGACUAUGAUGGUCUUCUCGAACUGGCAACUAUCUGCUCCAUGUGUAAUGACUCUUCCCUGGACUACAAUGAGGCUAAAGGAGUUUAUGAGAAGGUUGGGGAGGCCACAGAAACGGCGCUGACCACUCUGGUGGAGAAGAUGAACGUCUUUAAGACUGACCUGUCUGGCCUCAGCAAAGUCGAGAGGGCAGGAGCGUGCAACUCGGUGAUCAGGCAGCUGAUGAAGAAGGAGUUCACCCUGGAGUUCUCUCGCGACAGGAAGUCUAUGUCUGUGUACUGCACACCUACUAAAACAGGGUCGCAGAGCAAGAUGUUUGUUAAGGGCGCUCCGGAGAGUGUGAUUGACCGAUGCUCAUAUCUGCGAGUGGGCUCAGGGAAGGUGGAAAUGAGCAUGGCUGUUAAGGAGGAGCUGAUGGGGACGAUCAGAGAUUGGGGCACAGGGAAGGACACACUGCGCUGCCUAGCACUAGCCACACGGGACACACCCCCUCGCAAACAGGACAUGGACCUGGAGAACGCUGCCAAAUUCUCUGAGUAUGAGUCUGACCUGACCUUCAUCGGCUGCGUGGGCAUGUUGGACCCACCCAGGAAGGAGGUGAUUGGUUCUGUGAAGCUGUGCAGUGAAGCAGGCAUACGCGUCAUCAUGAUUACGGGUGACAACAAAGGCACCGCUGUAGCCAUUUGCAGACGCAUCGGCAUCUUCACUGAGGAUGAGGAUGUCGACGGGAAGGCCUACACAGGCCGUGAGUUUGAUGACCUGUCUCCCGAAGCCCAGAGAGAGGCUGUCAAGAGAGCACGAUGUUUUGCCCGGGUUGAACCUGCCCACAAGUCCAAGAUCGUGGGCUACCUGCAGUCGUUUGAUGAGAUCACAGCCAUGACUGGCGAUGGAGUGAACGAUGCUCCUGCUCUGAAGAAAGCUGAAAUCGGCAUCGCGAUGGGCUCCGGGACGGCUGUGGCCAAGUCUGCCUCAGAGAUGGUGCUGUCGGAUGACAACUUCUCCACCAUCGUGGCAGCCGUAGAGGAGGGCCGAGCCAUCUACAACAACAUGAAGCAGUUCAUCCGCUACCUUAUCUCCUCCAAUGUGGGAGAGGUUGUCUGCAUCUUUCUGACUGCGAUUCUGGGGCUUCCUGAAGCUCUGAUCCCAGUACAGUUGCUGUGGGUGAACCUCGUCACAGACGGUCUCCCUGCCACUGCUCUGGGCUUCAACCCUCCAGACCUGGAUAUCAUGGACAAACCACCUCGCAACCCCAAAGAGCCACUCAUCUCUGGCUGGCUCUUCUUCAGAUACCUCGCCAUCGGAGGAUAUGUGGGAUUAGGCACAGUUAGUGCUGCCACCUGGUGGUACCUGUUUGAUGAGCAGGGUCCUCAGGUGUCUUUCUACCAGCUGAGGCACUUCAUGCAGUGUACGGAUGAGAACCCCAUGUUCCAGGGUAUCGACUGUGAGGUGUUUGAGUCCCGCUAUCCCACCACUAUGGCCCUCUCUGUUCUCGUUACCAUAGAGAUGUUUAACGCACUCAACAGUCUCUCAGAGAACCAGUCUCUGUUGAGGAUGCCUCCAUGGGUUAAUAUCUGGCUUUUGGGAGCAAUCAUUCUGUCCCUGUCUCUACAUUUUCUCAUACUGUACGUGGAGCCCCUACCACUGAUCUUUCAAGUGACCCCUCUACGCUGGUCCCAGUGGAUAGUUGUCCUCAAAAUCUCCAUUCCAGUCAUCCUCUUGGACGAAGCUCUCAAAUACAUCUCCCGGCAUCAUUUAGAAGUGUAACUCUGUCCUCCCAUCUUUGUGAAAAGGCGAAGAGGAGGAGAGGUAUAUGAAGAGUCGGCAGCUGAAAUUCUAGUACAACUCUCGCUUCAGCACAUGCACACGCGCACACACACACUCACACACGGAUACAGAUACGCACACACACGCGGAUACAGAUACGCACACACAAGGAUACAGAUGCGCACACACACUCAAGCAAGCUCCCCUUCCCCUCUUGCCUUUAUGUUUCAGGCACCUCAGAAUCCUAUUUGCUUCUUUAAAAUAAAUUCCCUGCAUGUUCAGCCACCACUAGAAAUGAGCAGGGCUUGUUAGCGUGUGUGUGUGUGUGUGUGCGUGUUGUUAUGUGUCAGCACAAGCACGACACGGUCACGCAACAUUGCGUGACAAGCAGCUAAAGUUAUUUAGGGAUUCUUGUUGCUUCUUUUUAUACGGCUUCUUGGCUUCCACUCGUGCUGUAGAUACUAGUGCAAUAACUGGAGCUUGGGGAGCAGGGAGGGGAGAGGCCACAGUCAAAGUUUAAGGUCAUGAUGUUGGGUUUUAUGUUGGGAAUCAAGGCCUUUGGAGGACAUUAAGGCCACAAAUAGACAGCUUGUUCAGUCCUGAAGAGAGCCAUGGGAGAUGGAGGAAGAGGAUGGAGACACCAUCUGGACAUCUCACUGUGUGGCGUGUGAAUGUGUUUGCAUGUGUCUAUGUGACUGUGAGCAAGAACAGACUGCCUGACCAAGGAGGCACUUGUGGUCUCACUUGUUCAUUCUUGACUCUCUCGCUCACUCUCGCAUGCUUCAUCUUCCUUUAUCAUCUCAUCAGAUUCCCAAAAUUCACCUGUUCAUGCACACAAAUGUUCUUUUGUAGCUGUUGUUGAGAGAUAGCUGGCCAGUACAAGGGGUGGGCAGUAGCUUAGUGGUAGAAGAGGUAAGUCAAAUCCAAGAACAAACUGGGUAUACCUGGUUGUGCCCUUGGGCGAGGGUCUUAACCAUCCUCCACUGCCCCUGACAAUGCUUACUGAUCCUACAAAUUCCCCUUGUAGAAUCGAUAAAGUACAAAGCUUAACAACUUUUUGUCAAAAAGUUCCAAUCAAUGUAAUGAAAAAACUGUUCCACACAGCUCCGUUUUAGUCAGAAAACCUACAUUUAGGUGGGUAUGCAUGUGCCAGAUAACACUAGGGGCUCCCGAGUGGUGCAACCAUCUGGUGGUGGUCACCAAUCUUCUUAACAGGUCUGGUGUGGUUGCAGGUUUUCAUUCCAACCAAGCAUAAACACACCUCAUAUAACUAAUCAGUUUAUUGGAGUGGAAUCAGAUGUGCUUCUCCUUGGUUAGAAUGCAACCCUUUAGCCACAUCAGCCCUUUAUUAGAUAAGAUUGGAGACCAUAGUCUAAGCAUUGGCACUGUUGACAGGAGAUCACAAGUUCCAUCUCCAAUGAUGCCACAACCAUGAGAGCAUAAUUGGCCCUCUUUCUAUGUAUGUAUAGGGUGGUUCUUCCUCUCCUUCCGAUAUUCAGCACCAACACCGGCAUCUUAGCCUUCUCCUCCAAGUGUGUUGAGCUGUCUGAUGAUUAGCUGCAACUGGCUUCCUGUGAUUGGGUGGAAGCAUGUGCCAGCCUUCACUCUGCACUCUUGAGAGUUAGUAGAAAGCUAGUGGGUGGAACUGGACAUUGCACAUAAAAUGGGAGUAUGCCCAUAUAUGGCAAGUACACAGAGGAAAGUGUCAGCACAUGCCAAAGAGCAGAGUAACAUGCUGCAUAUCCUGGUAAUAUAGUUUACUUAGUCAGUCAGCAAGGUUAAAACAAUGGAAUCUAAUGAUCUUUGGCUGAAACUGUCAAUCAAAGUUUUCAUUACAAGACUACAAAAAGUACAACCCAUCUAAUAGUGUGAUUUUUCACAAGUAUAUUUGGAAUCAGUAACGCACUCUAAAUUUAGGUAUUUUGACAUUUAUAUGUUACGUUGUCUUAUUCAGUUGAGUUUUUUUUUUUUUUUUUUUUUUACCAAUAUUUUGUAAAGCUUGUACAACCUCACAACAGUUGCUACGAAAGAACAUGGAGGAUGGCUAGGUCAGUAGUCCAGAUACCACAUAAAGAUGCUCUACUUAGUUGUUAGGUGGCGCUAACAAGCAGCAUCAGGGUCUUUAAAAAUCUGAAGAUGAGACGGAGGCCGAUGAGGUUCAUGAGGACUGUGUAGGCAGAAGCUGUUGAUAAAGUUUAUACACAAGUUCCCCAUAUUGCAUGUUACCAAGGAGUAACCUAACCAAAUUGGAGACUACUAAGCACAAUUUGGCAUCAUUUCAUUUGCAUAAUGCAGCUUGGUGGCUAUUCCAGUUGAACAUGCUUUAAAGGCGUAGCCCAAAUAAAUAUGCUCAUAGGAAUAAUGAAUGAAAACUAGUUAGCAGUUAGCAUGUAUUAAUUUGCGUGGUGCUACCUGGGGGCUAUUGGUGUUCAUUGUUAGCAUUUCUGACUCGACUUUUUUUAAUGGAAUGGUCAAACUAGCCAAGAGCUCACAGAGGAGUGCAGUUUGAGCUGAUUCAGUACCAGCGUCUAGCAGCAUUAGCACGGCCCUUUGGUUGAUAAAUGUGAAUUGCUCUGCUGUCCUUUCCGCUUUCAUGGCGUUGGUCUCUGCUCUGACUCUGGAGAUGUAGUCUGUCAGCGCCUCUAACGGGCUUCCCCUCUUUCUCUCCUUUCACAUUGUACUAAUUUUACAGGAACACUAGUCAACAGGAGCUGCUAGCAUUCCCAACACGGAGCAGUUUAAGAAUUCAGUUUACUCAGAUAUUUAUAAGGAGCAGUUUUACGGAUGAUUGACGGAUGAUUUAGUGAGAGGAAGGGGAAGAAGAGGAAGUCUGUGAAUCUUGCUAAUUAAGACAGCUCCAAGCAUAAGCGUACUUAGCAAGCAAUCUUAGUAGGAGUUUUGAUGCUUAAUGUUACCUGAAGCCAUUUAUGUUAAGACCGUCUACUCAUGCCUAUGCGAGCACACACAUAUUUACUCCACACACCCAGUAAAGGAAUCUUACAUGAAUGUACCUUCACAUAUUUCUCCUUCUUUAACCAUUUGUGAACGCGCUCUCUGGCCCGCAGCUCGAGCCGAUCCCCUUUUUGUUUACGUAUUUUAAUCGUGCGACCGUUUUCUCUCCUCAUGUUUCCUUCGCUUUCAUUUCCAUCUCGAGUUCCACUCACCCGGGUCAUUUCAUAGUCGCUGAAUGUCGUCUCCAGGACUUGAAAAAGCAGCGGAACAUUUAAGCGGACCAACAUACGACACCGCUUUAAAUGUCGAGGGGCUUGUCACCACCAGUGCUUUGGCAAUCUUGAUUAACUCGGCUACUCGUUGUUUAUUUUUUUCAAAGAAAUAAUAGUAGUAAUAAUAAUGUGUUUGACUGAACGAACCCAGGCGGUUUAGGUUGUCCGUUUUGCUGUGAGGAAGGGUUUUAUACGUCCUCACUGUCUGUUGAUAUGGGCCAGUGCGUGUAGAGAAUUAGCAUACGAGCUAAUUCCGUUGCCUGUGUGCCACUAUGAACUUUGCUAACUUUGGGAGAUGUUGUCUAAUAUCUGUCCUGUCUCUGUCCGGUUCUGAAGCACUUAUAUUUUGUGGCAGAUGUUCUAUGUGAGAUGUGCAGCCUACAGCGUGUUGGCGGCCGUUUUUCUUAUGUCAAUAACGGUCAGUGUCGUCCGACAGUUCAGUAAUUUCAGCGUAACGUUACUCUGUGCACUGUCAGUGAUCAUUGAGCACAUUUGCUCUGGCUUGAAUUGAGAGAUUGAGAGACCAUGUAACUCUAAACCGAACGCACUGACAUAAGGCAAUAACCAGGCCUCCUUCCAUCAUCGUGGCUACAGAAACCACUGGCAGUCCAAGCAACAGAAAAUGUGGGCUCGUACAGCCUUGCUAAUUACUACUGAUCUUGAAAAUCUGUACAGGAAAAAAAUAAGAUUGCAUGGAACCUUGUUACUGUAAUUAAUAACCUAUACAGUAUAUAAUAUUUAAUUUUAAAAAAAAUAUUAACUCACUUAAAAUGAAACCUAUUUACCAACAGCUAAAGAACUGAGUCAGAGUUUGUUUUCCUGCCCAAGGACGUUGCAUCAGAGGAUUUUGUUCGGUUUGUGGAAAUAGCAGAGGGUGCUUAUUAAUUGUUACUGUUUAUUUUUAAAGGUUGUUGGUUUUUUGUGUCUUUUACUUAAGUUUUGGGGUUGAAAAGUUGUAAAAUAAAGAUAAGAAUCAUGCUAAUAAUAUUUGAGGAUUUUUUUUACAGUAAUUGUAAUUUGGUUUAAGAAUAUCUAUCUGAGAAUUUUGUUUGUUUUCCCAGAUGAGUUCAGCCCCUAUUCACUUCCUCUAGUGUGUACAUGUUGGGGAAAGUCAACGAUGCAGGGAUUUUCGUUUUAAAAUGGUACACCAUCUUGUAAAUAUAAGCUAUACCUUCCACCUGAGAUAGACUUAACAAAGGAACCACGUAUAACUCUCUUAAAUAAGGUGUGUUACGAAACGUUGAAGCCAACAUGGAUUUUCUUUUGUCCCUUAGCCGAAGUGGCGAGGCAAAGUAAGUAGGGGCUGAUUCGGGAUUGGAUUGCAGUUUACACAGCAAUGUCCAGUGAUGAAUGCCUAGUAAUGAAGUUUUUUCAUGUCUGUACAUUUUGAAGGGCUUGGGGUGGGUACAGAGGCUCCAGAGGCGCACGACUGUAAUUGUGUAUUAGUUUGCGUGUUUGUGAGGAGUUUACAUCUUAAUAUAUUUAUUAAUAUUUUAGUCAUUCGUGGAUUAAUUAUUCAUUUAUCUGAUUUCUCCGCUGUAGACAGUGGCAUGGUUGUUCUCUUGGUAUCUCCUGGGCAUCAGGGAAAAAAAAUAAACCAUCCAGAGCAGGUUCAUAUUUAUGGACCUGUACCUACUGCAUGCACAAUUUCUGUCGAGCAGCGUCUGGAGCCUUGUAUCCACUACUGAGAAUGGAAUCUCUGCAUUGCCUUGGUAAUAUUAAUUGUGGAUACAUAAUUUUAUAUAUAUGAAAAAAACAUGGAAAUAAAGAUUAUUUAUCUUGUUAUUUA